CAUGAAUAUGAUGUUCGGUUUCAAAGUUGACUGGUUGAAGUUGAAGUGAAGGGAUAUGUAUUGGCCUUAUAAUUGGUCAACUAGCAUACAUGAUCUCGCGCACAUAUGAAACCUGAAAAAACAUUCCUCAUUUUCUAAAUCCCCAAAGUAUGUGUUUUUCUUGUUUAUUCUAGUGUGUUUUUGUAACCGACCAAAUUAAAUAAGAAAGCAAUAUUUUAUAAACCUUCUCGCACCAACUAUUAUCUUUUCCGUACAUUAGAUUAGGCACAGUUUUUUAUUAACUUCCAAUUCUCAAACUUCAUUCUUCAUAUCCAUGGAGAAAAAAAUCUUCUUUACCAUCUGGGUUUUCCUUUUUCUUCAAAACGCAGUAAAGUCUCAGUUUGAUGAGCUCUACUUUACCAGAUUCAACCAUGGGGCCAACAACUUGAGCAUAGAUGGGGCAUCAAAGAUACAGAGCAAUGGCAUACUGAAGCUCACAAAUGACACCCUUCGAGUAAUUGGCCACGCAUUUUACUCACGUCCUUUGAAGUUUAAGAACUCGACCACUGGUAAAGCUUUCUCAUUCUCAACCGCUUUUGCUUUUGCUAUAGUUCCUGAGUACCCUAAGCUCGGCGGCCAUGGCUUCGCUUUCACGAUCUCACCUAGCAUCGACUUCAGUCAGGCUCUUCCAAGUCAGUACCUUGGCUUGCUUAACUCCACCGACAUAGGAAAUUUCACAAACCAUAUAUUCGCCGUUGAAUUCGAUACUGUACAAGACUUUGGGUUUGGUGACAUAAACGACAAUCAUGUAGGGAUAGACAUUAAUAGCUUGGUCUCAAACAAAUCUGCUCCGGGGUCCUUUUUCGAUGAGAAAAAUAACAAACAGAAUCUUAAUCUCAAAAGUGGUAAGGUCAUCCAAGCUUGGAUCGACUAUGAUCAUGCUAAAACCCAAUUAAACGUAAAGCUUUCACCUUUUUCUACAAAGCCCAGUUCUUCAAUUCUCACCUUUGAUGUGGAUCUUUCUCCAUAUUUUGAGGACUCCAUGUUUGUGGGGUUCUCUUCCUCAACUGGGCUUCUUGCGAGCUCUCACUACAUCUUCGGGUGGAGCUUUAAAAUGAAUGGGGAAGCAAAAUCUUUGGCUUUAAACACAUUACCAUCUCUCCCUGGUCCCAAAAAGAGCCACACAACACUCAUACUAAGUGUUUUAAUGGCGGCUCUGGUUUUAACGGUCUUGGUUUCUGGGGCUACCUUUUACAUAGUUCGAAAAAUCAAGAACAGAGAUGUCAUCGAAGAUUGGGAGCUAGACAUCGGUCCACACAGAUUCUCAUAUCACGAGCUGAAGAAAGCUACGAGAGGUUUCAGAGACAAAGAAGUCAUUGGGUUCGGGGGAUUUGGUCGAGUCUACAAAGGAACUCUACCAAACACAAAAAUUCAAGUUGCUGUUAAGAGAAUAUCCCACGAAUCUAAACAGGGUAUUCGAGAGUUCGUAUCCGAGAUUUCUACUAUCGGUCGUCUUCGACAUAGGAACCUUGUCCAACUCCUGGGAUGGUGUCGGCGUAGAGGAGAUCUAUUACUGGUCUAUGAUUUUAUGCCUAAUGGGAGUCUAGACAAGUACCUUUUCAAUGAACCCAAGUUGAUAUUGAGCUGGGAACAAAGGUUUAAGAUUAUUAAAGGAGUUGCUUCAGGCUUAUUAUAUCUCCAUCAAGAGUGGGAACAGACUGUGAUUCACAGAGACAUUAAAGCUGGAAAUGUUUUGUUAGAUUCAGAGUUAAAUGCACGGCUUGGUGACUUUGGCCUAGCAAAGCUGUACGAGCACGAUUCCAAUCCGACCACAACCAAGGUGGUGGGAACAUUGGGUUACUUGGCGCCGGAGCUGACACGAACAGGGAAGCCCACGACUAGCUCCGACGUGUUCGCGUUUGGUGGGCUUUUAUUGGAGGUGAUUUGCGGGAGAAGGCCCAUUGAGCCCAAAGCCCUACCGGAGGAACUGAUUCUCGUGGACUGGGUGUGGGAGCAGUGGAGAGUUGGAGCCGUUUUGGGUGUAGUUGAUCCUAGAUUAGGGGGCGAGUUUGAUGAGACUGAGGUUGUUGUCUCUAUCAAGUUGGGCCUUAUCUGCUCAAAUGACAAGCCUGAGGCCCGGCCCACUAUGAAACAGAUUGUUAGGUACCUAGAAAGGGAGGCGCCGCUCCCGGACGUGGUUCCGCCGCCGAAUGGGGAAGUUGGAAAGAGCGGCGGCCUUGAGGAUUACGUGCAUUCGUAUCCAAUUUUAUCGAAAGUCAGCACGUUUUCAUCUAUUGGUGAUGACGUCGAUGCUGACGUGGAUGUUGGUUCUUCUUCAACAUUUCCCCUAUCGAUUUUGCGGUAGUGCCGAUUCCAUGAUUGUGAAAUAUGAACGAGUAAAAGAAUUGUUAUCAUUUUCAUAUUUUAUUUAAUUUUAUAUUGAUGAAGAGUUUUGUUAAUUUAAAUUAAUAGUCAUCUUUUGUUGGGUUUGUAAAUAUAGAAACAAAGAAUAUUGACUUGGUGUUUGGAAAAAUACUUGGAUAUGGUUUUCUAUCU